CAUUUCAUGUGUCAUUCUAAUUGCCAAUUUAUUGCUCGCCAUUAUUUUUCUGUUCCUUGCUUUUUCUUUGUUUUGUGUUGUAGAUUUUCAUAAAUUUGUAAUUUUUAUUUAACUACCAAAAUGGAAGAACAAGGAGGAAGUUCUGCACCAAGAGUGAGUGACAAACGUUUGGCACAAACCCAGGCAAAAGUAGAUGAAGUUGUUGGUAUUAUGCGUGUCAAUGUCGAGAAAGUUUUAGAAAGAGAUCAGAAGUUAUCAGAACUGGAUAAUCGAGCAGAUGCCUUACAGCACGGGGCAGCGCAGUUUGAACAACAGGCUGGGAAACUGAAACGAAAAUAUUGGUGGCAAAACUUGAAGAUGAUGUUGAUCAUUGGUGCUAUAGGUGCAGUCCUGCUUAUCAUAAUCAUUGUGUACGCUACCUCUGGGGGCUCGGGCACUGCUGCAGCGCCGCCGGCAGUAACCGAAUCCAACAAUGCCGGUCGAUAAUCACAUGAUGUUAACUACAAUUAAGCGGGAAUAUGCCUAAACUUCAAAGUUACUAUUUACUGUAUCUACAAAGGUGAAUCUGUACCUACUUAUUAAUGCAGACCAAAUUACGACUGAAAUAUUUUUUUAACAUGAGAUUAUUGAUAACGCACAAUUUUCUAUAUUCCAUUUUGAUACAUUUUUGAUAGGUACAUGUAUGAAAGUGUUUAUUGAUACUAAAGCAUAGCACUAUUUUUGAAAGAAUACUUUAUUAAAAUUGAAAUAUUGCGAUUUAACUAAUUCAGAUUCUAAAAUCUUUCAUAGAUUCUCUGUAAAGUGGCCAACUGAUUGUACAGUUUAAUGUAUUUUGUGAUAAGUAGUAUUAAUAAAUAUAAACAGAGCUUAUUUAUUGGCCAGAUUAACCCGAAGAACUGAUAUUUACAAAUUUUUAGACAGUGUAAUUAUCAUAACACCAUUUGUUGCUACUUGAUGUUAAUGUUAUAAAAAUAUGUAUUACUAAUAAUUGAUGUUACAAAAUUUCUGCUGUUGUAUUUAUAAACUGUUUAUUGCACAAUGUAUAAAAUAUGUUAUAGCACAAUAUGUAGUUAAGUUUAUCAUUGGUACACUAAGUUUCCAUAUUUAAACAUUAAUUAAUGGGAAAGGUUUUAAAAUAGUUAUCAAUAUUAUAUCCUCAUUUUAAUUGCAUUUUCAUUUUACAUAGGCACAAGUUUGGGUGAAUCUUUAUAGGGACCAACAAUUUUGCCUUUGUACAGCACAAGUUCCAUACAGUUUAAUUUAGUUCAUAGUUAAUUUCACAAUACAGUUGUUGAAACGAUUAUUAUAAAAUAAUAUUGGUUAUCCUAGUUGUUUUGUAUUACUUAAGAUAAUAAAUAUUAUGUAUUCUUCAUU